AUGAAUAUAUGGACUUUUACUCUUUUCUCGCUCUCUACAAUUCUUUUAAGUGCUAGCGUUUUGGAAAUAUUUCCAAAACAAUGCUCGCAGUAUUUUUAUGAUAACUUAAAGUCAAAAGAAGGGGUGACCCGGAAUUUAGUACGCUGUACUAAAUUCCGUACUUUUUUUACCGUCAAAAUGACUGAGAAAAAAAAAAAUGUACUUUUUUUUUACGGAAAAAAAUACAUCAUAAAAUUUUUGUACUUUUUCUAGGAUGGGGUAAAAUAGUACAUAGGUUUUAGAAAACCAUCAAAACGGGGGUAAAAACGUACACAUGGCAAAAAACUCGUUAAUAGAGGCAGGUACAAAUAAGCUAAGAAAAUAGAAUAAUUAAAUUAAAUAAAAGUGUAUAAUGUUGUAUAUUUUCUUAAAUAUAAUAAUAAAUAUGAAUAGAUUAAAAGAACUGUGCAGUGUCUUAGACAAUAUAUAUUUGUUUUGAUUGUAUUUUUUUUUUAAAAAAAUAUUAGUAAACAAGUUCACUAUAAUUUUUGUAUAUAAUUGUAUCGAUAACGAUCUAUUAUUCAAAAUCAUUCAUAAUAAGACUAAAGUAUUAUAAUCGCGAAGUAAUAUCUAAUAGCAUGAUUAAAUGUUUAAAGGUAUGCACGGAAUGCAUAGCUACAGUUUAUUUUAAAAAACUUAAAAACUUACGUAAAAAAGUACAAAAAUUUUUUUGUACUAAAAAUUCCAGUAAAAAAGUACAUGUACUUUUUUGUACUAAAAAUUUCAGUAAAAAAGUACAUGUAUUUUUUUUUUUUAUACGGAAAAAAAGUACAUGCUUAAAAAAAUCAAUUAAAAAAAUAGUACCUAUUAAAAAUUAAUAAAUUAUGGAAAAAUAAUUUAAAUAAUAUUUUUAAAUAAAACAUAUGAGAACGCAUUUUCUAUGUUCUACUGUAUAUGAGUUCAUAAAUAUUAUUUAUCUAUUACGUUUUUAUUAGCUUUAUUCCAGCUUCAUUUGAUUCAUUUGGACUACGCUUAAAACCCUUGCUUGGUAAAAAUUUUUUAAACAAGUAAUUUUUUAUUGAUUAAGUGGCUUCUUGCAUUUGCAGCAGCAGUAUUCAGUCUCCUCCUUCGUUUGCUUACAGAUUCAGAAGUUUCCCAGUAAUAACUACAUGCAAACUUUGAAUUCAUUCCUCUGGAGAUUCUUAAACAAGCCUGCAUUUUUAUUUUUUGCUAAUAUGAGCUAUAGGAAGGACUUUUCUGCUUUUAUUAAUUGAGUCAGUUGCAGCAAAACUAAGGCUGAAGAUAGAAGUGAAGAGUUCAAUGCUUGAAUACCAGCGUCAAAAAAUAAUAAUAUCUCUGUGGAUUUUCUGGGAGAUUUUUAAUUAGUUUAUGCGAAACUCUAUUUCCAUAAUAAUUGUCAAUAAAAUAGUUGGCGCUGAAUAUUUCUAAAUUGUAAAAUAUAUUUAGCAUACGACUUAUGUCUUGGAAUCUCCUAGAUUUUUUAUGACUCAGAUAUUACCAAAUUUUGCAAAGAGGGACUAUAGAUCAAUAAUCCUUAUGCUUGGGAGCUUUUAUUAGAUCCAUCAUAACUAUAUCCCAAUCCAUUUUUCAAGUUCUUGAGCAGUUACUGACACCAUAUACUUUUUUACUUUUUGAAAGAGCUUCUGCAUAAACAUUCACUUCUUGAUUAUUUCAAUAAUAAAUUCUUUCUUUGAAAAAAUGGCCCUAAAUAAAUUCAAUGGUGUAAUUUGAUUUGAUCAAUGAGAUUUGGAUAUUGAUCCAAUUGGAGGCGUAUUAUCUUUUCUAUUGAAUUCGUAUAUUUCACUUCAAUUCUCAGAAGAAAUUUCAUCUUCAGAAGCUUCAAAUUUAUCACGUAAGUAAGCUGCUCCUAAUGAACUACUUGAUGAAUCUUCUGCUUCAAUUUGUUCUAAUUUUUCACUCUGCAUAUAUUUAUUUUAUUAUAGAUUUAAAAAAUUAAGGAAGUGUUUUUAUAGUAGUAUUCUUCAGUAGUAUUUUUCAGUAGUAUUGGCUAAUUGUGAUGUUAAAUCAUAUACAGUAGAACAUAGAAAAUGCGUUCUCAUAUGUUUUAUUUAAAUAUUAUUUAAAUUAUUUUUCCAUAAUUUAUUAAUUUUUAAUAGGUACUAUUUUUUUAAUUGAUUUUUUUAAGCAUGUACUUUUUUCCGUAUAAAAAAAAAUACAUGUACUUUUUUACUGAAAAAAUUUUUAGUACAAAAAAGUACAUGUACUUUUUUACUGGAAUUUUUAGUACAAAAAAAUUUUGUACUUUUUUACGUAAGUUUUUAAGUUUUUUAAAAUAAACUGUAGCUAUGCAUUCCGUGCAUACCUUUAAACAUUUAAUCAUGCUAUUAGAUAUUACUUCGCGAUUAUAAUACUUUAGUCUUAUUAUGAAUGAUUUUGAAUAAUAGAUCGUUAUCGAUACAAUAUAUACAAAAAUUAUAGUGAACUUGUUUACUAAUAUUUUUUUUUAAAAAAAAAAUACAAUCAAAACAAAUAUAUAUUGUCUAAGACACUGCACAGUUCUUUUAAUCUAUUCAUAUUUAUUAUUAUAUUUAAGAAAAUAUACAACAUUAUACACUUUUAUUUAAUUUAAUUAUUCUAUUUUCUUAGCUUAUUUGUACCUGCCUCUAUUAACGAGUUUUUUUGCCAUGUGUACUUUUUUACCCCCGUUUUGAUGGUUUUCUAAAACCUAUGUACUAUUUUACCCCAUCCUAGAAAAAGUACAAAAAUUUUAUGAUGUAUUUUUUUCCGUAAAAAAAAAGUACAUUUUUUUUUUCUCAGUCAUUUUGACGGUAAAAAAAAGUACGGAAUUUAGUACAGCGUACUAAAUUCCGGGCCACCCCAAAAGAAGUCUUACUUCCAGAGGCAGUUUUAAGAGAAGAAAAUCAUGGGACUUUUAGUAUUUCUUUGUGAAUGAAAUUAAUUGAUAUUACCAAGUCAGGUACAAUUUUUACAAUGAAGAUUGCAGAGUAA